GGAGGCUGCUUUGCCUGGGGAGACAAUUGCCAGGUUGGUGACUCAUUUCAGCAGGGUGGGACAGACAGCUGAGGGCUGGGCCUUCCCCACCUGCUUCCUAAGGCUAAUCAAGGAGAGGGUCUAAAAUGGUGGCCGGGUUAGCUGAGAGGAGCAGCAGCAGGUGAGAGCGCAGAGGCUUCCUGUUCUGGUGGGGACAGGACCCGCCAUCUCCUCACAUCAUGCUGGAGUCGUCUUUCCUGUAAAAGGAGGAACGUGAUGUGUGCCUCUCGAGGACCUGUGGGCUCUGAGAUUCCACACCUGCAACACCAGAUGCUUCCCACUGCCCAGGAAGUGGUGCCACCUGCCCCAGGUACACAGAGAGGCUGGGGCUUAGUUAGUCGCCUGAUAGGUCACCUCGCUCCUCUCUUGCUGGGCAGUGUCUCGCUGCCCCCACAGCAGUAUCCCCGGUUCUGAGGCAGUACCUGGAAGCUAUGCAGCAGAGCAGAAAUUGCCAAACGGCAUCCCGGAAAACGUGUGCCAGUGUGGACUCCCAAGAGUGAGUGAGAAGAGUAAAGUUCCCAAACCUGGCCAACUCUGGAUAUUUUAAGUGUUUGCAAGUCCCAAGUGAUGGUGGCUGAUGUGGUGGCAGCAGAGAGAACAGAGGCCUGCGCCACUGGUUAGCACACGGAGCUCUCCCCGCGCCAACGGCAGGACCUGACCCCUGCCCGAGAGGAAGAAUGUCGAAGAAAGGCCGGAGCAAGGGAGAGAAGCCCGAGGUGGAGCCAGAUGCCAUGCAGACGGCGAACGAGGAGCUUCGGGCCCGGCUGACCAGCCUCCAGAUUGAGUUCCAGCAGGAAAAGAGCAAGGUGGGCAAGCUGCGCGAGCGGCUUCAGGAGGUCCGGCUGGAGCGCGAGCAGGAGCAGCGGCGGCACACGGCCUUCCUGUCGGAGCUGCGCGCCAAGCUGCACGAGGACAAGACGCGCGAGCUGCAGGCGCUGCGCGAGGCGCUGAUCCGACAGCACGAGCAGGAGGCGGCGCGCGCCGCCAAGAUCAAGGAGGGCGAGCUGCAGCGGCUGCAGGCCACGCUGACCCUGCUGCGGGACGGCGCGGCCGACAAGGUCAAGACGGCGCUGCUAGCCGAGGCGCGUGAGGAGGCGCGCAGGGCCUUCGACGGCGAGCGUCUGCGGCUGCAGCAGGAGAUCCUGGAGCUCAAGGCGGCGCGCCGGCAGGCGGAGGAGGCGCUCAGCACCUGCGUGCAGGCCGACAAGGCCAAGGCGGCUGACCUGCGCGCCGCCUACCAGGCGCACCAGGACGAGGUGCAGCGCACCAAGCGCGAGAGCGAGCGGGACAUCCGCCGGCUGAUGGACGAGAUCAAAGGGAAAGACCGUGUGAUCCUGGCCCUGGAGAAGGAGCUGGGUGUGCAGACGGGCCAGACCCAGAAGCUGCUGCUCCAGAAGGAGGCGCUGGAUGAGCAGCUGGUCCAGGUCAAGGAGGCCGAGCGGCACCACGGCAGCCCCAAGAAGGAGCUCCCGCCAGGCAUCGGAGACAUGGCGGAGCUCAUGGGGGGCCAGGAUCAACAUAUGGACGAGCGAGAUGUGAGGCGAUUUCAACUAAAAAUUGCUGAGCUGAAUUCGGUGAUACGGAAGCUGGAAGACAGAAAUACCCUCUUGGCCGAUGAGAGGAACGAGCUGCUGAAGCGCAAUCGCGAGACAGAGGUCCAGCUGAAGCCGCUUGUGGAGAAGAACAAGCGGAUGAACAAGAAGAAUGAGGACCUGCUACAGAGCAUCCAAAGGAUGGAGGAGAAGAUCAAGAACCUCACACGGGAGAAUGUGGAGAUGAAGGAGAAGCUGACAGCACAGGCCUCACUGAAGCGGCACACGUCCCUGAAUGACCUCAGUCUGACCCAGGAUGAGCAGGAGAUGGAGUUCCUGCGGCUGCAGGUGCUGGAGCAGCAGCAUGUCAUCGAUGACCUGUGCCUGGAGCGAGAACGGCUACUGCGCUACAAAAGACAACGCGGGAAGAGCCUGAAGCCACCCAAGAAGCAUGUUGUGGAGACUUUUUUUGGAUUUGAUGAGGAGUCUGUGGACUCAGAAACGUUAUCUGAGACGUCCUACAACACGGACAGGACAGACAGGACGCCAGCCACACCUGAGGAAGACAUGGACGAGGCCACGACCAGAGAGGAGUCUGACCUUCGGUUCUGCCAGCUGACCAGGGAGUACCAGGCCCUGCAGCGAGCCUAUGCCCUGCUCCAGGAGCAGGUGGGCGGGACGCUGGAUGCCGAGAGAGAGGCCCGGACUCGGGAGCAGCUACAGGCUGACCUGCUGAGGUCCCAGGCGAAAAUCGAAGAUUUAGAGAAGUUACUUGUGGAGAAGGGCCAGGAUUCCAAGUGGGUUGAAGAAAAGCAGCUGCUUAUUAGAACAAACCAGGACUUGCUGGAAAAGAUCUACAGGCUGGAGGUGGAGGAGAGCCAGCUGAAGGACGAGAUGCAAGACGCCAGGGACCAGAACGAGCUGCUAGAGUUCCGGGUGCUAGAGCUGGAAGAGAGAGAGAGGAGGUCGCCAGCCUUUAACCUCCAAAUCACCACCUUUCCCGAGAGCAGCAGCAGUGCCCUCCAGCUGUUCUGUCACCAGGAAGGAGUGAAGGACGUGAAUGUGUCUGAACUUAUGAAGAAGUUAGAUAUCCUUGGCGAUAACGGGAAUCUGAGAAAUGACGAGCAGGUCGCCAUCAUCCAGGCUGGGACUGUGCUGGGCCUGUGCGAGAAGGUAGACCCCAGUGUCUGUCUGUGCCCCCCUGUGCGAGAAGGUAGACCCCAGUGUCUGUCUGUGCCCCCCUGUGUGAGAAGGUAGAUCUCAUGUCUGACUGUGCCUCCCUGUGUGAGAAGGUAGACCCCAUGUCUGUCUGUGCCCACCUGUGCGAGAAGGUAGACCCCAGUGUCUGUCUCUUCCCCCUGUGUGAGAACGUUGACCCCAUGUCUGUCUGUGCCCCCUGUGUGAGAAGGUAGAUCUCAUGUCUGACUGUGCCUCCCUGUGCGAGAAGGUAGACCCCAGUGUCUGUCUGUUCCCCCUGUGUGAGAAGGUAGACCCCAUGUCUGUCUGUGCCCCUGUGUGAGAAGGUAGAUCUUAUGUCUGACUGUACCUCCCUGUGCGAGAAGGUAGACCCCAGUGUCUGUCUGUGCCCCCUGUGUGAGAAGGUAGACCCCAUGUCUGUCUGUGCCCCCUGUGUGAGAAGGUAGAUCUCAUGUCUGACUGUGCCUCCCUGUGUGAGAAGGUAGACCCCAGUGUCUGUCUGUGCCCCCUGUGUGAGAAGGUAGACCCCAUGUCUGUCUGUGCCCCUGUGUGAGAAGGUAGAUCUCAUGUCUGAUUGUGCCUCCCUGUGUGAGAAGGUAGACCCCAGUGUCUGUCUGUUCCCCCUGUGUGAGAAGGUAGACCCUGUGCCCCCUGUGUGAGAAGGUAGACCCCGUGUCUGUCUGUGCCCCCUGUGUGAGAAGGUAGACCCCGUGUCUGUCUGUGCCCCCUGUGUGAGAAGGUAGAUCUCAUGUCUGACUGUGCCUCCCUGUGUGAGAAGGUAGACCCCAGUGUCUGUCUGUGCCCCCUGUGUGAGAAGGUAGACCCCGUGUCUGUCUGUGCCCCCUGUGUGAGAAGGUAGACCCCGUGUCUGUCUGUGCCCCCUGUGUGAGAAGGUAGACCCCGUGUCUGUCUGUGCCCCCUGUGUGAGAAGGUAGAUCUCAUGUCUGACUGUGCCUCCCCGUGUGAGAAGGUAGACCCCGUGUCUGUCUGUGCCCCCAUACCCAGCUCCAUUCAGAAACCACAUGUGUGUUGGUAUCUGUCUGUUCCGUGUCUCCAUGCCCGGCUCCAUACGGAAACCACAUGGGUGUCAGCGUCUGUCCGUUCCCCAUCCCCGUGCCCGGCUCCAUAGAGAAACCGCAUGGACGGCUCCCUGCUUGGCGCAUGUGCUCCGGUCGGCUUCCCGUUUGCACCUGCAUGUGCUUGGCUGUCUGUGUCCCAGCUGAAAGCAGCACACGGUUUCUGCAGAUACUACGCCUUAGAGGCCACUCGAGGACAUUGAUAAAUGUCCACAGCAUUUGCUGCAUUUCCUCCCAGCUUUUUCCUCACGCCCUUUGUUCAAUGUGGGGAGCUCGCACCCGACACCCAGUUUUGUAGCCUGCUUUUUCAGUGCCCCCACACGCAGCGGUUUUGAUGGCCCCCUACCCUGAGCUCCUAGUCAUUCCUGGGCUGCUAGACGUUAGGGCUUUUCCCUUUUCCUGUCUGCCGUCAGCGCUGAGCGUCGUUACACACACAUUUAUCUCCAUGUUAGAACAUUUUUGCAGCAGAGAUUCCAGACAUGGAACGUGGCCAGACGGCAAGAGCAUUUAUAGGGACUUGGCUGUUGUCAGAAUGUUUCCCAGAAAAACGGGACCCGUGUUGUUGUUGACGGCCCCAAAUAGAACAUUACUGCUGAGCAGGACUCUGCCGACCGUAGGUGAAGUGCUCCGAUGUCGUUGUUGUAACUUCGUUUAUUUAAGUGCCGGUAACAGUGAGUUUUGUGCUGCGUGUUUUCUGUUUUGUUCUCCUUCCUCUGAACUGUAAUUACAUUUCUUCCGAGGACUUUCCAUUGGGGGUUCAUUUGUUCAUUCAUUCAUUCAACGAAUAUGUAUUUGUGUAAUUGUGGCUCGUGUUACUGACUUCUGCAAGUUUUAUGUAUUAAAGAUACUGACUUUUUGCCAUAUUUGCCAAGAACACAUUUCUGAUUUGCUUCCCUGUACGUUAGUUUAGGAAGUUUUAGACACGCACACUUUUUGUGUGGGUCCAUCUGUACAGCUGUCUUUCCCGGGGCAGGCGUUGCACGUGUAGAAGGGAGAUACUGGUCCUGUAAGGAUCGGCUCUUACUGGCCUUAACAGAGGUUCCUUCAGUGUCUUUGGAACGGCAUUUAAAAUAGAAAUAGCUUUCUUGCCCAGAUGCCUGUCCUCGCCCCCCAUCCCAAGUCAAUGCUGGAGACAGGCUACAGCCACCACCUGCCCGGGGCUCGUGGUGGCACAUGGUCACAUGUGGGUCCCAGCUGUCCCUGACCCAAGCCACCUGUCCUCACUGAGUCCCUUCCUCAGGAGAACAGGGGGUGGUGAGGAUGUAUGUACUGGGCUGGUGGGAUGCCAGGUGCAGGUAGCUGGGGCGGUGCCAGGUACACUACACAUUCUGUAAGUGCUCCUUUUCAUUCAAGAACCCACACGGACUACCUGUGCUGAUUAAAUGCCACAGCUCACCUGAGCACUCCACCCAGUGAUAGAUGAGUGCUUGUUAAACACUGGCUGACUUGACGAGGGUGGUCAGAGAUGCCAGACCCACCCCUGUCUUCCGUGAAGCCCCUGUCAGGGAUAUAGGUGGGUCCAUGGGGGUCCCUAAGCCUCCCUGUGUGCCCCUUGGGGGGCACAGCAUGCUCACAGCACCUGGAUGACUUUUCACAGAGGGCUUGUGGCCAGGCAGCAGGAGGAGUCAGGAUGGGGGGCAGCAGGGCAGAGGGCUCAGGCACUCACUCCACCCUAGUUUUCUGAGGUGAGCCUGCCUGGCUAUUCCUCACACCCCCAAUAAAGCCGGUGUUCUAGACCACAACAGGGGCCACCCCUCUGGUCCCCAGGUCUCUCAUCCUCCCAGGGUCAUGUGACCUCAGUAGCUGGCUGUGCCCACUGUGGUCAUCAUCCUCCUGCUCACCUGGCUGUAAGCCCCGCCCACACCCAACUGGUCUCUGCCCACCUUAGCCAGCCCCACGCCAGGUGCAGCUGUCUGUGGUCACCUCUAGAGCUUUGCCUCGUGUGUUGGCCAGCACCUCACUUGUGCACUAAACUGCCCAAGAACCUGCAGCAACCCCAAUCCUAUGAAGCUGGGGUGAUGCUUCCCAGGCCCCAACUAGGGGCAGAGAAGCCCAGUCCCCCUGGGACAUCCUGGGAACACCUGCCAGUAUUUGCUCCAUGAGUAAAGGGUUCUUGUCAGACAGUGCAGGGCUGCAGGCACCCACUCCCUGUCAAAGCCACAGUGCACACAACAUGAGGGGCUCCCAGAGCCCCUCGGGGCAGUGGGCCAUGGAUCGAGUAGAAGUGGGCCCAGUGGGACUUCUGGGAGUGCCAAUGUGACAGCUGGAAACUCACUGCCCCAUUGUUCCAGAAGCAAGGGGUUUCCAGGGACGCAACCGUCAGAGCCAAGACUGAACUGCCUUGGCCAAUGGGACACCUGGUCCCUGGAGCUGACAUAUUCACGGAGAGACCCCAGCCCCCAUGGGACCGCCAUCCACCCAGGCCUUAGUCGGUCCUCUCUCAACCAAAGACACGCCCCGUUAUUUAAAAAAAUUGUCAUUUGGUGUUGGCAUCUGUAGAAAUUUCCAUGUAGAGGCACAAGACAGAUUUCUUAGCAGAUAAACGAAGCACUGCUCAAGCUGAUUGGCCCAUUCUGUGUGCCAAGUAUGCCGUGGUUUCCAGCAAAGAGCUCUCCUCUGCCCAGGCCACCCGCCCUCCAGCCUCUAAGGCCCAGAUCUGACUGUGGUCAGCGUGAGGCUGGCUCACACGUUGAUACCUCGGAGGCCCCGCCGGGCAGAAAGCAAGAGUGUGAGACACCUGAGGGCUUACAGGGGACUUAGUCCUGCUUCUUCCCCCUCAAGUUCAAAUCCAACGAGAAAGACAGGACUAUAAAGAUGGAAAUGACACACAAAACAAAGCAGCAUUCUUCCUGGGAACAUGGACUGAGGAUGUGGAGAGCGUCCAUCUUUCUUGUAGUUCGCUCACUGGGACUCGAGGCUUUCCCAAAGGGAGGGCUGGAUCUGGGGUAGUGAGCAGCUCCCAGCUGGCUGGAGGUGCCCCUGCCUUGCUCCUGAGGAGCCCUGAAAGGGGACACGGAGGCUUGGGGGACCCCCAAGGACAGAGGUGGGAGGCAGCCCCCACCCUGCACGGGUCACUCCAAUAGAGGCCGAGGAGGGCAGGCCAGCACCCAACUCCUCCCGUCCUCCCCCUCAGGCUGUCUCCCUCCUGGAGGGGAGGGCAGACCCCUCUCUGCAUCCCCUCCUGCAGGGCAGGCUCCAUGAGUGUUGGUUGAACCAUUCAGUGCUAAGUUGUGCUUCACACAGGAGCCCUCCUGGCGCAGUGGUUAAGCGCUCAGCUGCUAACUGAAAGAUCAGUGGUUUGAACCCAGCAGAUGCUCUGUGGAAGAAAGAUGUGACAGUCUGCUUCCAUAAAGUUUAACCCACUGCCGUCGAGUCGAUUCUGACUCAUAGCAACCCUAUAGGACAGAGUAGAACUGCCCUAAAGUUUACAGCUUUGGAAACCCUGUGGGGCAGUUCUACUCUGUCCUAGAGGGUCACGGAGUCAGAAUCAACUCCACAGCACUGGGUUUUGUGCCUCAUAUGCCCCAGGAGCCUCACAGCCCCGUCUGCCCUCACUUUUUCUCCUGAUUGCUGAGAGGACUUGUCAAGUUUCUCUUUAUACCAAAUCUUUUUUUCUAUUUAAUGACAGAAAACCUGACACCAGAUUCUACAAACCUUGUCCUGAGAACAGUUGGAUUUGAUGAUCCAAAUGGGUUUCUUUUCCAUUUAAAUUUUUAUUCAUUUUAUGAUAUCAAAAAUGAAAUAUUUCCAAUUUCCCAUAAAAAAUAGGCUUACCUGUUCCUCAGAAACCGCGCAUCCUUUCUUAGCAAGCUCUGAGGGUCCCGUUGGGGUUGCCUCCGCUGGUCCUACUCUUGGGCCAAAAUGUGUUGAUGUGAGGGAGCCCUUGCGAUGGGGCUGGCACCACCCACACCAACCCUGCACCACCUCACGUUCCUGCAUCCCAGAACCCAUCACACCUACUGCAAGCCAGGCCCCAUGCAGGCCUAUGCCCUGGAAGGCUGGUCGGAAGGUGACAGACGUCAGUGGGUGUGUAAUGGCAGUCACAGGUGAUGGAGACUCCAGGGGGCACCUGGCCCACAGAAAAGCAAGCAGGGUCAGCUUCCUGGAAAGGGUAUCAGCUGACUUAGGACCUGCAGGUUGAGUAGGUGUUGGCUUCGAAGGGCCUGGGGCUAGGGCAGGUACAAUGUCCUUCAGUGCAGGGUCUCAGCCCAUUUGAGUACGACACACGGGUCAGAUGACUGGCCGGGGUUUGCGGAAGGGGAGAUUGUAGUGAGUGUCUUUGGAGGGGUUGAGUGGGAGUAGAUGACUGUUUUUGAGAGAACACACUAGAGGGCAGGGGGAUUUGGGGUGAGGGUGGAGGGGCGGCAGGAGUAUAGGUGUGACUCAGGAGAGGACCUGGCUGGGGGGUAGGCAUUUCCAGUGCGGGGCAGAAAGGGCAUGGGGGAGGGCGGGUGCCUGGGGCCAUCCAGAGUGAGGGAGGAGGCCUAGGGCAGGGUGCAUGUCCCAGAGUGCAGGUGACCAAGCCCAGGGAAGCAGGUGUGCAGGAAGGGGCAGGUCAGCAGGUCAGUCCUGGCUGAGGUCAAGGGCCCACAGGCUGAGAAGUGUCUGUGGAUUUACAAUAAGGAGGUUCCAACAUGGCCCAAACCCUCAGACACAGCUGCCUCAACAGAGCUAGUCACCUGUUACAUGGACUUUCUCCCCCUCUAGGUGUGCACCUCAUAAAGACACGCUCACAUGCCUGCUCCCUCAGAAACGUGCCCACUGCCCUACACUCACCCACAGCACAGACUGAGAGCAAAGGCAGACCUUCCCCACUGUGCCUGCUCCUGUGGGGAUGCACCCCACCUAUACCUGCCCCUCACAGGUACGCACUCAGCUGUACCUGCCUCUGCAGGUGUGUGCCCCAAGUGUACCUGCCCAUACAGGUGUGCAUCCACCUUUACCUGCCCCUGCAGGUGUGCACCCACCUGUAUCUGCCCCUGCAGGUGUGCACCCCCACCUGUACCUGCCCCCACAGGUAUGCACCUGCCUGUACCUUCCCCCACAGGUGUGCAUCCCCCCAUACCUGCCCCCACAGGUAUGCACCCUACACCUUUGCAGCUCCUCUGGGUCUGCCAUGUGCUCUCAGUGCCUUCAUGCUCAGCCCUGGAGCCCUUGCACACUUGCUCACCAUGCAUAGCUCUCACACACCUGCCUGGUGCUAUAGCACUCGCCCAUCAGCUUGCACCCCACACAUGCUGACUGCUCAAGUGCCAAGUGCCCCAUGCUGGCCUGGGACUGGUGGUAGCUUUGGAGGUGCUGGCUGGGCUCAAAGUUCCGCUUUCCAUGCUGUGAUUGUGUCCUUACCUGCACAGUGGGGGUGGGGAUGCUUCUCCAUGGGAGAUGGGAGAGCAGGGGCCUUGGCACACACUGCAGCCCCUACCUUGCUCAGACUCACAGAUGCUCACACCCACGCCCCCACACUCGGCUCCCCGUGCACCAAACCCACUCCCCCACACCACGUACAGCCAUCCUCACACCUGGGCCUCGUGACCACACCACAGCCACCUACGUGUGUGCACGUCUGUGCGUGUGCUACAGCCUACCUGUUGUCCUCUUUGGUGAGGGAGCCCCAGGCAUGUCUGGCAUGGAUGAGGGCCCCUGGGGGCACCAUUCUCACCCCCUGUGCC